CCAGCGUCCCUCGCCUGGUUCUUUUUCUGCACACGCAUGUGUGUGUGUGAGCCGCUGGUCUCUUGGUCCCGAGCCGACAGAUGAUCACAGGCCUGGCAGGACCCAGCUAGGUGAAGAGUCCCGCAGGGCAAAAGGCAGACCAAGCUCAGCCUCACUCUGUCCCCGCAGGGCUGCGGAAGACUGCUUCGGCCGUCUUCUGGCCUCUGUCCCAGGGAAGAACACCGAAACUUGUCCCCGAUGAAGAGAACUCUCCUGUUUCUCCUGGGGGUCUACGUGCUGUCCUCCUGCAGGGCAGAGGAGGGGCUGAACUUCCCCACCUACGAUGGCAAGGACCGAGUGGUCAGCCUCACGGAGAAGAACUUCAAGCAGAUUCGGAAGAAAUAUGACCUGCUCUGCAUCUACUACCACGAGCCCGUGCCUGCAGACAAGGUGGCGCAGAAACAGUUCCAACUGAAGGAAAUUGUCCUUGAGCUCGUGGCUCAGGUCCUAGAACACAAGGCUAUAGGCUUUGUGAUGGUGGAUGCCAAGAAAGAAGCCAAGCUUGCCAAGAAACUAGGCUUUGAAGAGGAAGGAAGCCUGUAUGUUCUUAAGGGCGAUCGCACAAUUGAGUUUGAUGGCGAGUUUGCAGCUGAUGUCUUGGUGGAAUUUCUCUUGGAUCUUAUUGAAGACCCAGUGGAGAUCAUCAGUAGCAAAUUGGAAGUCCAAGCCUUUGAACGCAUUGAGGACCAGAUUAAACUUAUUGGCUUUUUCAAGAGUGAGGACUCAGAAUAUUACAAGGCUUUUGAAGAGGCAGCUGAACACUUCCAGCCUUACAUCAAAUUUUUUGCCACCUUCAACAAAGGGGUUGCAAAGAAACUGUCUUUGAAGAUGAACGAGGUUGACUUCUACGAGCCAUUUAUGGACGAGCCCAUUGUCAUUCCCGACAAACCUUACACUGAAGAGGAGCUCGUGGAGUUCGUGAAAGAGCAUCAAAGACCUACUCUGCGUCGCCUGCGCCCAGAGGACAUGUUCGAAACAUGGGAAGACGAUCUGAAAGGGAUCCACAUUGUGGCCUUUGCAGAGAAGAGCGAUCCAGAUGGCUACGAGUUCCUGGAAAUCCUGAAACAGGUUGCCCGGGACAAUACCGACAACCCAGACCUGAGCAUCGUGUGGAUUGACCCGGAUGACUUUCCUCUGCUCGUUGCCUAUUGGGAAAAGACUUUCAAGAUUGACCUGUUCAAGCCCCAGAUUGGGGUGGUGAAUGUGACAGACGUGAGUAUGCCCUGUGGGAGUUGCACUGGCCCCCUCAGCUGGCCCUGCUGCCUGCCACAUAGCUCACUGUGAGAGUGUGCAGGAGAGUCAGGUCUC